ACAGGGACCGGGUGGCGGCGUUACCCGGAGCAGCGAUGGGCUGAGGCGGCUCUUACCCUGUCCUUGGGGUCGCCUUGCCGGGGGCUGCCCGCAGAAACGCGUUUUUGCAGCGGAACCCAGAGGGCCUUGGGCAGAUGGGGCCGGCCGGGACGCCGAGGGGCUGGGGGCAGCGAUUCCCCCCGAUACGCCGGGAUUUCUCCUCGCAGCGCCGUGUUUACGGGUGGGAGAUGUAGAUCCCCUUGGAAAAGAUCUACAGGCAGAGCUGGGUCCUAGACCUCGGGCUUUAAUUCACGUUUGUUGAGUCUGGACACUCGUGGGUCUUUAAUUCGUUCAAGGUAGUGGCAGUCUAUCUGGUCAGUAUUGGGAAACUUUAUAUUUCAUUUGUUUGAUGUAUUUUCAGAAACGUGUGAAACCUCAAGCGUUGAAAAAUAAAGGGUGUAGCUCUCAGCUGAUGGCGUUAGGGAUGCAGAAGAAGGAUAACGAUUUUUGAUGUCCGCUUAAUUAUACUUCAAGUUAAGCUAAAGAUAGGAUGGCACAGUGACUUCAGGAUUUUGAAGAGAGAGCAGAAGUUGCCUUUAGGCAGCAGAAGUGGAAAAGCACUGUCUCUGUACAAGCAAAAAUGCCUCCUUGCAACUUUGUACCUGAAAAAUACCAAUCUUAUCCAUAUGAACAUAUGUUGAAGAUUCGUGAGCAAAACGUUUCUCCUUCACUGCGAACAUUUUACAAGAAGCCUUUGUUGCUGCAUCAAGGAUACAUGCAGUGGUUGUUUGAUUAUGAAGGACGAAGAUACCUUGAUCUCUUUGCUGGAAUCGUUACCGUCAGUGUUGGUCACUGUCACCCGAAGGUAACUAUGGCUACCCAGAAACAGCUUGCUCGCCUUUGGCAUACCACUAAUAUUUACAUGCACCCAUCAAUCCAGGAAUAUGCUGAGAAGCUAACUUCACUUAUUCCAGAUCCACUUAAGGUGGUUUAUCUAACCAACAGUGGGUCAGAAGCCAAUGACUUGGCGAUGUUCAUGGCAAGGCUAUAUACUCGUAACUUCGACAUCAUCUCUUUCAGAGGAGCAUACCAUGGAGGCAGCCCUUACACACUGGGAUUGACAUCUAUUGGUCCUUAUAAGCAUGGCGUUGCCAAUGGCUUUGGCUGUUCAACAACAAUGUUGCCAGAUGUUUUUCGUGGUCCGUGGGGAGGCAGCAAUUGUAGAGAUUCUCCAGUACAAACUGUUCGAAAAUGCAGCUGUUCUGAAGGUGUAUGUCAUGCAAAUGAGCAGUACAUUGAACAGUUCAAAGAUACUCUGAACACUUGUGUGCCAAAGACAAUAGCUGGAUUUAUCAGUGAACCAAUUCAGGGUGUUAAUGGAGCUGUUCAAUAUCCAAAAGGUUUCUUAAAGGAAGCGUACCGGCUAGUACGGGAAAGAGGAGGUGUUUGUAUUUCAGAUGAAGUACAGACAGGAUUUGGACGAACAGGCAGCCAUUUCUGGGGAUUUCAAACGCAUGAUGUAGUCCCUGACAUUGUUACUUUGGCAAAAGGAAUUGGUAAUGGCUUUCCCAUGGCAGCUGUUGUUACAACAAAAGAGAUUGCAAAUUCUUUGGCUCAAAACCUUCAUUUUAAUACAUUUGGAGGAAACCCUUUAGCCUGCGUAGUUGGAGCUGCAGUUCUUGAUGCUAUUGAAGAAGAUCAUCUACAAAAAAACAGCGAGGAUGUGGGAACAUAUAUGCUACUGGAGCUUGCUAAACUACGGGAUAAAUUUGAAAUUGUUGGAGAUGUCCGUGGCAAGGGACUUAUGAUUGGGAUAGAAAUGGUGACAGAUAAGGACAGUCGCCACCCUCUUCCAGCUGAAGAAAUCUGUGACAUCUGGGAAGACUGUAAAGAUAUGGGUGUUCUGAUUGGAAGAGGAGGACUCUACAAUCAGACAUUUAGAAUUAAACCUCCUAUGUGCAUCACUAAAAAGGAUGCUGACUUCGCUGUUGAAGUAAUUCAUACUGCAUUAGAGAGACACAUGGAAAGAGCAGCUGCAAAGUAGACUGGAACUGUUUAUUAUGUACAUGAGAUGCAGUUGAAUGAACCCCUGAUACCUGCCAUCCAAGCUCUGCACUAAUCUACACUGGACAAGAAGAAUCAUAGUCUGAAGAUAAAUGUGUCAGCAUCAUAAGACUACUCUCACAGAGCCAGACUUCAGAGAAUGUUCUCUAAUCUAUUUUGUAAAAAUACUGUUCAGUCCUACAGUUGUCUUUAACAGUGCAACAGGUGACGCUAGGACACAGUGGUUUAAUUCUGCUGCUCUUUGUUCCUUACUCUUUUCUUCUGCUGCUGCUUCUAUCUCACUUGUUUCCUAUGCACCAACACAGGUCUUCCAACAGGCUACCAUCACUCUGGGGGUGUUACAGGUACCACCAUGGAGUGCCUCUUGCUGCUACGGCCUUUUUCCUGUGUCUCACAGCAUUUGCUGCCAUUUCUUAACUGUGUUUUCACAGAGGCAACACAAACUCGUGCUUAACUGAGCUUUGGCAUGUGGUGGGACUGUUGCAGAGCCAGCUGUGACCAGUGCAGUGUAGUCCCUGACCACCUGCCACUAUGGUCACCCCCACAGCCACCACAACCUUCCCUCUUACACCCAGUACUCAUGAGCAUUUGUAAAGACAGACAGUGAUGAAGUAUUUGAUUUUAUUUAAAUAAGAAAAAUAAUUAACUCAAAGGUAACAUUGCAGAGUUUAAGUCUCACCCUCAGUCCCACAAUGGGAGAUUUCACACAUUUAUUUGGGCUAGGAACCACUCUGAGAAGAACGUAAGUGCAGGUUUCAAACAGUGCUAAAACUGGUUACCCUUACUACAAGGAAGCACUGUAAUUUGUGCACUGUAAAAGCACAAAAAUAAAAUCUGUGCACCUAAUUGUAAAGGUUCUAAUUACACUAAGUAUUUUUUAUAUGGGGCUCUAAUCCAGUCAUCAUCCUCUCCAAAAAUGCUUUUAUUUUCCUCCUGCUGCUUUUAGGAUUGCACAGCACACCAACUAGUCAUUUAGCAAGAUGCAAAAUCUGGCUGGGGAAAUAAGGUGCAGCGUUUCUUACAUAACCACUUUUGGGGAAAAAAAAAGUUCAUUACCUCCCUCACUCUCAAAAAAAAAAGUCAUUGCUGGCUGUUAGCAAGAACUGUACAUUAGUCAUUAGUCAUUUUACUUUAGUUCAAAUUUUAAUGUUUGAAUAAUUUCUUACCCCAACAAUGGUACUGUGUUCUGCCAUUUUGUCUGAUGAGUUGAAAUGUUAGAGCAACUUGAAUAAGGCAAGAUCAUUGCUUUUUUCAACUCUAGGGGUUUACUAUCAGACUAGAGCCCCAGCCCUCCCUGAGCAUUGCAUUCUCUAACUGCAUUCACAAUUUGUUUUGUAAAGUUCUUUCAUACACUUACACUCCAAAAUCAGGUGUUCGUCUCACUUUUUUUUUUUAAGUGCUAUUCAAGAUGAAGCAGAUUAUGCAUUUAAAAAGAGGCAUAAUACCAGUUCCCAUUUUGUUUUUCAUUAGAAAUCAAAAGAACAAAUGUAGACAACUGUCUAACUCACACCAUUCCCCAGUCAAAUGGCAGUAUGUAAGUUAUACGUGCUGAGGGACAGACUUUCCACAUGCAGCUCACCUCACAUACAUUAACACCAACUUCUCAGUUUUCAUCCCCCUCCUCCCCAAUUAUUCAGCAAGGUUAUUCCACAAGAUUAUCCCUCUCACACACACCUGGCAUGCAGGUGCACAUACAGAUCUAAUAUGGACUGCUAAAACUGUGAUUAACCAGCUUUGUCAUCUUACUCUUCUCCCUUUUGUCUGCUGAUUAGUUUGAAAGGGCCAUUGAGGAUAGCAGAAAAGCCUGGUUUUUGCCCUUGUCCUCGUUCAUAUUUCAUCUUUAACAGAUGAUCAAAGCAGCAGAGUCCAUUCUUAAAUCAGUUUUCUCUCAAAAAAAAUAGCAACGUGUUAAAAUAAUUUAUUUCCUCUGCAUAGGUUGCAUCCAUGCAAGUUUCAACAAGAAUGCAAGGCAACUAGCUUUGAAUCACUAUUUUUUCCCCUUCAACAUGAAAGCUGCUGGAAGGGUAGGCCAAAUUCAGUCAGUAAAGGCUGGUAAAAACAAACAAAAGCACAGGUUGCUUCACAAGGUAACGUUCCUUUUGUUACAUUUUUUUCCUUCCUCCUCCAAAAGUUGGAGUUGUGUGCUCUGUUUACCUCAAAAUAUAGCCAAUGCAUACCUCUCCAUUUUGGGAGAUUUUUCAUGUAUGAUCCCGGAGACUGUCACUGUAUCUAAGUUCUAUCUGUUUUUACGUUUCUCUUUUUUGCUUCUGGUGUGUACAGCUCCAUUUACAGCUGGUGCUUGUGUUGCUUUUGCAUGUCCUGUCAAUUUCAGAUGUUCAAACAGUUUAUUUCGGGAUGGAAAUGCACAGUUGCAGGUUACACAGUGAAUGGGAACUUCAUUCUACAAGGAAAAAAAAAGAUUCAUGUUUUUACAGAAUGCAUAAUAAAUAGAAUGCACCACCUGGUUA